UUCUGUUUUCGAGGUUAACAAUUCUUAGCUUGAAUCUUUAGUGUUUCUCAAGGAACCAGGGAAAUGCCUUCGAAUUUGUCUGCUUCAGGGUCUUGAGCCUUCAAUCUUUGAACCCUUUUAGCACCAUGUUGGAGUCGGUAUCUUGUUGCCACAGCCCCAAGGGUUAUGACUUUGUUAAACGAAAGAGCCGCGGUGGCACAUACUCUCAAGCUAUAUCGUGGUUUUCCGGGCAUUCUUCUUACGCACCGUAUGUCAAUAGCACGCUCUUCUGUUCUCGAUCAUUAUCUGUAAAAGUCGGAACGAACAAUUGCACUCAUGAUUUAAAGCAUGUAUUCGGUGGCACGCCUUCUCCUCCUUUGGUACCAUCUAAUUUGAGAGGACUCAAUUUCUGCCAUGAUAGACUGCUCCGCCGGAGAAGGUCACGAAUCCAUGCGACAGUUGAGGUUGCAAGUGCUCUUGAUGUCAUCAAUGAUUUAGGACUGGAUACUCUGACAUUCUUGGCUGUGACCGUCUUGGUUGUUCCUACAUUCAAGAUAUUUAGAUCAAGCCCUAUACUUGGCUUCUUCUUUGCCGGGGUUGUACUGAAUCGGUUUGCAUUGAUUAGAAAUAUUACAGAUGUCAAAGUCCUGUCUGAAUGGGGGAUACUUUUUCUGCUGUUUGAAAUGGGGUUAGAGCUUUCACUUGCGCGCCUGAAAGCUCUUGCUAAAUUUGCUUUUGGCAUGGGGUUGACUCAGGUCUUCUUUUCCACCCUUGCGUUCACUGCAUUUGAACUUCCACCUAAUGGGGCGGUUGGAACCAAAAUUUUGCAGUUCCUAUUUCACUCUGGAUCAGACCUGGUUAAUAUCAGAAGCGUUGAUGAAGCGAUAGUGAUUGGAGCUGCUCUAUCUCUAUCUUCUUCAGCUUUUGUUCUACAGCUUCUUGCAGAGAAGGGUGAGCUGCCAACAAGAUUUGGCUCAGCAACUCUGGGGAUACUACUACUACAGGACAUAGCCGUUGUCCCUCUCUUAGUCAUACUUCCAGUUCUCGAGAGCCAGAAUAUAACAGAGGGCAGUAUUUUGCCAAUGCUAAUUCAAGAAAGUUUAAAGGCGCUACUCGGGCUUGGUGUGCUUUCUCUUGGAGGAAAAUACAUUCUUAGGAGAGUUUUCGAGGUUGUUGCCGAAACAAGGAGCUCCGAGGCCUUUGUUGCUCUCUGCUUGCUAACAGUUGCCGGGACUUCCCUUAUGACCCAACAGUUGGGCUUCAGUGAUACGCUUGGAGCAUUUCUGGCUGGAGCAUUACUGGCAGAAACAAAUUUCCGGACACAGAUCGAAGCUGAUAUACGACCAUUUAGAGGCUUGCUACUUGGGUUAUUUUUUGUGACUACCGGAACUUCGAUUGACUUGCAGCUUCUUUACCGAGAGUGGCCGAGUAUCCUUGCGCUCUUGUCUGGUUUGAUUGUCAUCAAAACAUUGAUCAUUACAGCAAUAGGUCCUCGUGUUGGACUCACCUUGCAGGAAAGUGUAAGAGUGGGAUUUCUUUUAUCACAAGGAGGCGAGUUUGCGUUUGUCGUCUUCUCUCUAGCUAACAGCCUUGGAGUCCUACCGCUUGAGCUUAAUAAGCUUCUUAUCAUUGUCGUGGUACUCUCGAUGGCGUUAACCCCACUGCUUAACGAAGUCGGAAGAAGGGCUGCUGAUUUCGUCGAAGACAAGUUCAACAAAGAUGGUGAUGAAGAUGAGACGGUGAAUUUCGAUGCAAGUGAACCAGUUGUUAUCAUUGGCUUUGGGCAAAUGGGACAGGUACUCGCAAAUUUUUUGUCGACUCCGCUCAUUGCUGGAGUAGAUGGUGACUUCAUGGGAUUACGUUAUAUCGCUUUCGACCUCAAUCUUUCUGUUGUAAAGGCAUCUAGAAAACUUGGUUUCCCGAUUCUCUACGGAGACGGGUCACGUCCGGGUGUUCUGCAAUCUGCUGGUAUCAAGUCCCCGAAAGCUGUCAUGAUUAUGUACCGAGGAAAAAAGAGGACAGUUGAAGCUGUUCAAAGGCUUCGGCUUGCCUUCCCUUCGGUUCCGAUCUACGCAAGGGCUCAAGACCUCAAACAUCUCUUAGACUUGAAAAAAGCCGGUGCAACCGAUGCGAUUUUAGAGAAUACAGAGACGAGCUUACAACUUGGAUCCAAGCUUUUGAAAGGAUUCGGUGUCAUGUCCGAUGACGUGACGUUUCUGCGUCAGAUUUUUCGAGAUUCCAUGGAGUUACAAGCCAAAGAAGAACUCAGCAGAAGCGAUGAUCGAGAGCCGGAUAUUAUGAAGCCACUGCAGGCGAAAAUGGCCAAGGCCGAAGUGUUGACAUCACCGAUCGCAUCCGACGAUAGCUUCACUAUGAAAAGCCUGAUAGAUGGAGUUCAGGUUUCCAGGCUUGAAGGCGGUGGUGAUCGGACGGAUGACUUGUUAACCUCGUCCGAAGGCGAAUCAUCGGGAAAAAACCUGACGGAUUUAACUAAAGUACCCCUGUUUCAAGUGGCCGAAGUGGAUCUAGAAAAGAACGACGGCAUACUUAAUCGGUCCGAGAACCCGGAAUCCGUGUUGUACGGUGAAAAUAGAUAAGAGGGAACGUCGUUCCGAAAACAUCACGGCGACGAAGUCGGAAAUACAGUCAACACCUUGUGACGGACAUUAGAAACAACAAAGCUUGAAAAGUUUUGCUCAUGUUCAGUUUUCUGAAAUCACACCCCCACCUCCAUGUGUACUCUAUCAAUAUAAUGCACAAGGAGCAAUUAUUCUUUUUGUACAUUUACAUUUUCAUCAUUUAGAACAUUGUUUCAUGGUCAGAGAA